ACCGUACACAUAGGGCUAAGUAAGACGAGCCAGCACAACAACCUCGUCCACAAAUUUAUAUUUCUCAGCAAGAGACCAAUCUGUCGACUGCCUUAUACCCAACCGGUGCUCUUCAUCACACCUUUUCGGCACACCUUCACGAACACCCUACAGUAUAAUCAAUCAAUAAUCACCCGACAAGCCACACGCUUCGAUGACCAUGAGCGUACACCAAGACCCGGACAAUUUCGAAGUGGGGCCAUAUUACAAGCUGGUAGAUACCAUCGGCGAAGGUGCUUAUGGAGUUGUAAAAGCUGCCGUACACGUCCCGACGGGAACCCAAGUGGCCAUCAAACGUAUCACCCCGUUCGACCACGCCAUGUUCUGUAUGCGGACGUUGAGGGAGAUCAAGCUCUUGAAGCACUUCAGGCAUGAGAAUAUCAUCGCCAUCCUCGAUAUCCUCCGACCGCGGGAUUUGGAUUCGUUCAAGGAAGUCUACCUUAUCCAAGAACUGAUGGAGACGGACCUCCAUCGAGUGAUCAGGACGCAGGAACUGAGUGACGAUCAUUGUCAAUAUUUCAUCUACCAAACGAUCAGAGGCCUGAAAGCGUUGCAUACCGCCGACGUCCUUCAUCGGGAUUUGAAACCUAGCAACUUGUUGUUGAACGCGAAUUGCGAUCUCAAAAUCUGCGACUUUGGACUCGCCCGAUCGACCGCCCAACCUAAUUUAGACGUGGGUGCUAAUGCUUAUAUGACCGAGUAUGUCGCUACACGGUGGUACCGUGCGCCCGAGGUCAUGCUCUCUUUCAAAGAGUAUACAAAGGCGAUCGAUAUGUGGAGCGUAGGGUGCAUCUUGGCCGAGAUGAUUAAUGGUCGACCGUUAUUCCCCGGUAGGGAUUAUCAUCAUCAGCUGUCGCUCAUCCUGGAUGUUCUCGGUACACCUAUGAUGGACGAUUUCCAGGAGAUCACCUCGUCUAGAUCCAAGGACUAUCUGCGAGCAUUGCCUUUCCGCACAAAACGGGAUUUCCGAUCGCUGUGCCCUAAAGCUUCGCCCACUGCCAUCGAUUUCCUCGAACGGUGCCUGACGUUUUCACCAAGUAAACGAAUCACGGUCCAGGAGGCCUUGGCACACCCUUACCUCGAGCCAUAUCACGAUGACCAGGACGAACCGUCAGCGGACCCCCUGCCCCCGCAUUUCUUCGACUUUGAUAACGCGCCGGAACAGCUCAGUCGAAGCGCUCUCAAACAAAUGAUCUAUAACGAGAUUUAUACCCCAGCCAAGCCUGCAGCAUAAUCACAUGCCAAACCUGCCAUCUGCUCACGAAUACCAAGGUUGGAAGCACACAUGCUCGGCCGGACCGACGGAGGAGAUAUAGACCCAAAUUGCAACAAGGAUAGAACACAUGAGAAACAGGUUUUGUAGGUUACAUUGUAGCGGAUAUCGAUAGGCAAGAUGACAAUGUACUGUAUUCCUCUAUCACAUGAAGUCGAGAGGAUAAUCCUUUGG